AUGUCUUUCGACCAGCUCUCGUCGCUAGAGGCGGGGCGCCGCCGAGGCAGCCCCAGCUACGCCGAUGAUCCCGAAUUCCAGCGCCUUUCGCAGGACCUGAUGAAUAAGAUUUUCAAGCUCAACGGUAACAAUCAGCGACUGACUGGAGAAGUCGGGCACUUGGGGACACGGCGCGACACGCCACGGGUGCGGGAGCGGGUGCAUGAGUUGAUUGAGGAGUCGCGCGGGAUGUUCAAGGAGGUGGGCGAAGGCGUCAAGAGGAUCCAGACAUGGGAGGACGUUACACCAGCACAAAAGUACAUGCAACAGAAGUUAUCGCGCGAAUUCCAGGGUUCGCUCUCGGAGUUCCAGAACCUCCAACGACAAGCGCUUGAGAAACAGAAAGCCUCCGUCUCAGCAGCGCGCGCUGCCGUCGAGAGCGAAGGCGGCGCCACCGGCGGUGCGGGCGGGCCCCCGAGCCCACAACUCCUCCAGCAGCAGGAAUUAACCCGGCUCGCUCCUCAGGAUGAAGUCGACUUCCAGGAAGCGCUCAUCAUCGAGCGCGAGGAGGAGAUCCGCAACAUUGAGCAGGGCGUGGGUGACCUCAACGUGCUGUUCCAGCAGGUGGCCCAAAUCGUGACGGAGCAGGGCGAAACGCUCGACACCAUCGAGCGGCAGGUCGAAGUGAUACGAGACGAUACGCGCGGGGCGGACCGCGAGCUGAUCAGCGCGGCGAGGUACCAGAAGAAUGCGCGGAGCAAAGCGUGUUGCCUGUUGCUUGUUCUGGCGGUUAUUCUGACGAUCGUGUUGUUGGCGGUAUUUUUGGGAUGA